AUGUCUUCCUCAAACAAAAUUGCUUACCACACUCGCACCAUCAGUUUGCCUACCAGAUCUCACCCUCUUGCUCUUGCAGUUGAAGAACAAUUGUGCAAAUUGAGAUCUUCAGAUCUCACCUCAUCCAUCUCCAACAACUUGGUUGCUCUAAAGGACUUGUAUGACUGUGUUGAGGAUUUCCUUUCUACUGAAGAUGGAAAAUGCUUAGAUGCAGUUCUGGACACAUCUGUCAUGUUAUUGGAUGUGUGUGCAACCAUUAAGGAUGUCUUGUCUAUGAUGAAACAAUCUGCCCAGGAUCUUCAGUCAUCUAUCCGAAGGAGAUCAGAUGAAUUUGACGCAUACACGAGCUCAAGAAAGAAAGCCUGCAAAAUCAUCCGAAACUGCCUUUCAGAUCUUAAAAGGAACACCAACAAAAACAAUGAUCUCAUCACCGAAGUCGGCCUCCUAGCAGAAGUUGAAGCAACUACCCUUGCAGUUUUUGAAUCUGUAUUGUCUUACCUAUCUGGACCAAAGCAAAGCAACUGGUCACUAGUCUCAAAGUUGACCACUAAACGCGCAACACAACAAGUUGUUACUGAGGUAACCAAGGUCGAUGCCGCAUUGAAAAACAAAGUCAUUGAAGCAAAAGAAGUGCAGAAGCCAUUGGCUGCUCUUGAGAUGAACCUUCAAGAUCUUGAAGAUGGACUAGAAUCUGUCUUUCGGUGUUUGAUCAAGAACCGAGUUUCACUUCUUAACAUUCUUAACCAAUAG